UGUACUGUCUACGGUUUGACAGCACUAGGGCAUAGAACAUUUUAUCUGAAAAAAGGAGAAGGAAAGGAUCUCAUUUUGCAAUGGAAGGUGCUGCAAAGAUGAAUAAUAAAAACGCAUCGCCGUUACCACAACGCCAGCAAAGGGGCAGUCCAGCCAAUAAGAAUCUCGGCAAGCACGCAUCUCCGAAUCACAAUGCCGCCAUCGAUGGUUACCCUGCUGAGAAAAAAGCAAAGUAUGGGUCGAACAACCAGAACGGUGGCGGUGUAGGCGGUGCUGGUGGUGCCGGUGGCGGUGGCGGUGCUCGUGGUGGAUUUGCCGGGAACCGCAAUCGUGGAGGCCAGCAAAAUCAAAACCGGCAGGGUUUCCAGGGUUCAAAUAAUGCAAUUCAGAAGCAGGCUAAUGAAUCUCCGAAACCGGCUGCGAGCAAUGCAGCAUCAAAGAACAUUGAACCCGCAGUUUCUAGCACAAAUCAAACAAAACAGAAUGCUAACCAGGGUCAGGGCAAUCAAAGAGGCCAGGGAAAUCAAGGUAACCAAGGAGGACAGGGCUUCAGAGGACGCGGUGGCCAGAAUCAAAAUCAAAAUGCAAACCAGGGAAAUCAAGCAGAUAAAGGUGGUUUGGGAAAUCAAGGAGGACGUGAAGGUCAGAUUCAACAAAACCUAAAUGCUAAUCAGGGAAAUCAAGCCGAAAUUGGUAGCCAUGGCAAUCAAGGAGACCAGGGAAACCACGGAGGGCAAGGUAACCAAGGUGGACAGGGACCCCGAGGACGCGGCGGUGGUCAAAACCAGCCGAAUCAGAAUCAGCAAGGUGGUAAUCAAGGAGGACAAGGCUAUCGAGGUCGCGGCGGUGGUGGUAGUGGUGGUGGUGGUAGUGGUAGUGGAGGAGGUGGAAACCAAAAUCAGCGUGGUAACCGCGGUAAUCGCUCUGGAGGACAAGGCGGCAUAAACAACUCUAUAAUGGGCGGCGGUGGUCAACGAGGAGAAGACUUCUUUAUUACUCAACGUCUGCGGGGCAUUGGCGGACCCACUCUUGAGCUGCCGAAUAUUGAAGUUUCAAGUGAAGAUACAAAGUUUUCUGGGCGUAACCGCCUUUAUGUAGGAAAUCUGACCGGCGAUAUCACGGAUGACGAACUGCGCGAAAUGUUUAAGCCCUACGGCGAAAUCAGCGAGAUCUUCUCGAACCUGGACAAGAACUUUACGUUCUUAAAGGUGGAUUACCAUCAAAAUGCCGAAAAAGCCAAGCGGGCUUUAGAUGGUACAAUUCGCAAGGGUCGCCAGAUUCGCGUACGCUUUGCACCCAACGCAACCAUUCUGCGCGUGAGCAACCUUAACCAGUUCGUGUCAAACGAGCUGUUGUACCACUCCUUUGAGAUCUUCGGACCGAUUGAACGGGCUAUCAUCACCGUGGACGACCGUGGCAAGCAUACCGGGGAGGGAAUAGUGGAGUUUGUGAGGAAGUCUUCGGCCAGCGCCUGUCUGCGUUUUUGCAAUGAAAAGUGUUUUUUCUUGACUGCUUCAUUGCGUCCGUGCCUGGUGGAACCGAUGGAUUUACCCGGCGACAGUGAUGGCCUGCCGGAAAAGGCGUUAAAAAAGGUGCCUGAAUUUUCUCAGGAGCGUAAUAUAGGACCGCGCUUUGCCGAAAGGAACUCAUUUGAGCAUGAGUACGGAUCGCGCUGGAAGCAACUACAUGGUUUGUUCAAGAGCAAGCAGGAUGCUCUGAAACGGGAACUGAAAAUGGAGGAGGACAAGCUGGAGGCUCAGAUGGAGUACGCUCGCUAUGAGCAGGAGACCGAACUUCUGCGCCAGGAGUUAAGGAAGCGUGAGGUGGACAACGAGCGCAAGAAGAUGGAGUGGGAGAUGCGCGAGAAGCAUGCCGAAGAGAUGCGUCAGCGCGAGGAGGAGACCAUGCGUCGUCGUCAAAGUGAGAUGCAGACCCAUAUGUUUCGUCAGGAGGAGGACAUGCGCAUCCAUCAGCAGGAGAAUGCCAUGUUGCUCCAAGCCCAGCAACUCAACUCGCUGCUCGAUCAGCAAGAGGGAUUCGGAGUCAGUAGCAACACUGCCUUUGACAAUUUUGAGUCACCAUUUGAAGUUUUUAGGAAUAAUAACAACUCCAACAAUUCUCCGAGGGCUGGAAACAACUCCGGUACUGCAGGGCAGGAUAAUUCAGAUUCUUUCGAUUUUCCAGCUGGCGGGAACCAGCGUGGCAACAAUGCUGGCGGGAACCCUUCACCAUGGGGCCGUCGACGCUUUUAGACACUGAACUAAAUUAUGAGAAAAAAAGCGUAAUCUUGUUAUUUACGCUCUACAUUUGACUUUUUGCUCUGUUAUGGAGUAAACAACAUGAAACAAAAACAUAAAACAAAGGGAUCAUGAAUCCAACAUUAAAUUAUGCUAAGGAAGCGACAAAAAAACCUUAAGAAAUACACAAACCAAACACAAAGGGCUUGCUUACAAGAUGUGCAGUAUUGCAAAAAAACACAAGUUCCCCAUUCACAUUUUAACCAUUGCGAACAUAUGUUUAACAUAACGAUAAACUUAGAUAUAUGUAGAAACUAUCUCAAAUUUAUCUAUCAUUCAAAUUAAAUAUAUGAAGAUAUGACUGAAUUGUUUGUAUAUUCGUUGGAAAACUUAGACAAGGGUCUAAAAAAAGGAGGAUUACUUAAAACUACUUGGCAAUGCUUUUAAUAAAACGAAAAGGAAACCCAAUAA